GCAGGUAACUUUCUUAGGAUAGCCUUCCGCUGGACGACAUAGUGCUAGCAGCGCUCCUGCAUUUUGAGCAUUAAAAAGACACUCCACGGGACCGUGUUGCGGAAAUAGGCAUUUCUGUCGUUUUGGCCAUCGAAAGACGUGGAAGCGGUAUUUUUUCGCCGUAAGAAUACCUCCUCUCUCAAAGGCGUUUGAAAUCGGACACCGCUGGCAUCGAGGCCCUCACUUUUGUGCGGAGGGAUACGGUGUUGCGUCUGACAAUGUGGACGGAGGUGGUGAAGAUGUCUACGAGAAGAAUGAAAUCAUCUCAGUUGUAACAACAAAAAAAGGAAGACGCGAGAUUAGUUACUAUAAUAGAUUUGUUUGCACACAGACUUGUUACAUUGAAGCAAACACGUGGGCGCUGCGUGAAAAACAGGCUUACCAGGACAAAAGGAAGACAUCUACGGUGCUCCAAUGCGUUUCAUGCACUGAGGUCGAAAUUCUCUUGAAGUUUUAUGUUUUUCCCCUUGCGAGUCUCCGCUUUUCUUUUUACUGUUGGAUAUCAGACACUUGGCCAGGAGAGGUGGCGAGCCAAGUGUGUGAUGGUCUCCGCAUCGACCACGGAGAGGAGGAAAUUACCCCUUUGUUCUGCAAAAAGACUCGACUUACGUCAAAUGGUUUAUUAGAGACUGAAGGGUAUGAGCGAACAGCAGCAAAGAAUGGCUGCAGUGGGAACUGACAAGGAACUCAACGACCUCCUGGAUUUCAGCGCGAUGUUCGCGCCUCCAGUUGCCAACGGGAAGAACAGGACAAUGACACUCGCCAGCAGCCAGUUUGGUGGAUCAGCAAUAGAUGAGCGCAGCGGCUCAGGGUCUUGGGGAUCGGCAGAACAGAACAGCCCCUCAUUCAGCCAAGGACGGGGCUACCCUGAGGGAUCCCACUUCAGUGAGCAUGAAGGCUUGUCCUCUCCAUUCAUCAGUUCAGGGAUACCAGGUAAAACUGAGAGGCCACCAUACCAGCCCUUUGGAAGCCAGCCUGGGUUUCUUCCUACUGACAUAGCAAUGCCCAGCCCUGAUGCCAUGUCUCCUUCAGGCCUAAAAUCUGGCUCCCAGUUUUAUCCAUCAUAUCCAAACAACCCCAGGAGAAGGCCACCUGAUGGAAGUAUAGAAACCCAGCCAAAGAAGAUUCGGAAACCCCCUGGCCUGCCAUCCUCGGUGUAUGCCUCCACAUCUGGUGACGAGUAUUCCAGAGACAAUGGAGGAUAUCCUGGUGCAAAGCCUGGAGCUGUCUACCCUGGCUCUUUCUAUAUGCAAGAAGACCCUUGGUCCUCUUCUGGCUACUCUGCCAUGCUGGGCAACUCUCCUCACAUUGGGCAGCCGGGCUCCUUCUCUGCAAUCAACCCACAGGACAGGAUGAAGCGUCAUCCCCUGCCUCUGUCCCCACAGAACUAUCCUCUGCAUGGCAGUGAAGUCAAUGGCUUCCACUCGGCCCCCACCACCUACAACCACACACCUGCCAUCAACGGAGAAAGCAUCAUGGCCAACCGAGGCACCACAGCUGGCAGUUCAGGAGAUGAAAUUGGGAAGGCUCUUGCUUCAAUAUACCCGUCGGACCACAAUAGUAAUAACUUCUCCUCGGCUCCAUCUACUCCUGGAUCCCCUCAGGCAAUUGCAGGAGCUCAGUCUCAGUGGCAAAGACCCACAACACCUAAUUAUGAAGGGCAACCACACACACUGCAAAGUAAAAUGGAGGACCGUUUGGAGGAGGCCAUCCAUGUACUGCGUAGCCAUGCUGUGGGCCAGGGCCUAGAGGGCGCCGACAUGCACAGCCUGCUGUCCUCUGUACACAACGGGGGCCUCGGUGGCCUCUCUCCAGCUUUCCCCAAUGCCAGUCUUGCCCUCAGUAACAGACAUCCUGCUAUGCAGGGAGGGAAACACGAGGAGCCCACUGGUCUUCCUCCCAGCAACACUUUGCUGCACGGUCAUCAUGCAUCCGGACCAACGCCGUCAGUCGGCCAACCAGAAGGCUUUACCAGUCUCCCUGGUGGUAUGGCUCGCUCCACACACUCCUCCAGCAGCUCAGACAUCAAAAGAGAAGACAAAGAGGAUGAUGAGAAUUCAUCUGUUGCUGACAAAUCAGAAGAUGAAAAGAAGGACUCCAAGGUAGCACGUAGUCGAACAAGAAAGGAGGCGUUUACCCUCCAGAUGCUCUCUAGCCUUACAGACCACAAAGAUGAUAGUCAAGAUGAGGAGGAAGAUGAUGAAGAUCUUCCUCCUGAGGUGAAGAUGGAACGUGAGAAAGAACGGCGAGUGGCUAACAAUGCCAGAGAGCGUCUGAGAGUACGGGACAUCAACGAGGCAUUUAAGGAGCUUGGAAGGAUGUGCCAGCUGCACCUCAGCCAUGACAAACCUCAGACCAAACUUCUAAUCCUGCAUCAAGCCGUCAAUGUCAUCCUCAAUUUAGAACAACAAGUCAGAGAGCGUAACCUUAACCCCAAGGCAGCAUGUCUAAAACGCCGUGAGGAGGAGAAGGUGUCUGGGGUGGUGGGUGAAGCACCCAUGCAGCUUUCAGGAGGCCAUCCCAGUAUGGGAGGAGAUGGCCACAACCCAGUUGGCCACAUGUAACACCAGAUCCAGUGGUGUUUCCUUGGCUGUCAGAGGACGUGGCCUUAACAGAUUUCUUCCACCCAUUAUUCUCAGUGUGUGUGUGUAUAUGUGGACAUGUCUGUGUAUUGUCCGUUCAAGUUUCAAGAUGCACAUUCACACACUCGUACACACAUGCAUACUGCCAAAACUGACACAGCCUGUUUGUCACACUCCCAACCAUGACUACAAGCUCAAAUGUGAAGAACUUUUUUUUUUAGUUUUGCUUUGUUUUAUACAUGUAAAAUCCUUUUUUUCUUCUUGGUUUCCACAAGAUGAUGGAACUCCGGAGUACUUUUUUGUCCUGCCACAAAUUGGGACUUCACACACUGCCGAGAGGUGCUCUUGUCAAAGGAAGGAGACCUAAACAAACACAAAUUGAAUCAAGGAUUUGUGCCUAAUUGUUACAUGUUUUCUAUUUGACAUUUAAGCAAAUUGCUUGACAUGUGAGGAACAUUUAUUGUGAGGGAUUGCUCAUUUGUAUGAGCAAUUAUUUUUUAAUGUAUGUCAUUCCCAGCGUGAUGGUACAGUCUUACAUAUGUUAUGUAACCAAGCCAAUAGUUGAAGUUGAAUUGUCUAAAUUCGCUGACCUUGCCUUGAUCUUAUCAGAAGAUGUUUGAGGAAGGUGAAAGAAAGGACACAAGGGAAAGGUCAAAGUUUUGACAGUCCAAAAGUCCACAAUCUGGACACUGGAAAAAAAAAAGUCCUUUAUAAAAAAAACACAUGAAUUAUCAGAGUUGAAUCUGUCAACAACAAAACUGUUCUUCCUAUUAGUUGACCACAAAAUUUCAGACUUACUCCCGUAAGCCCCUGUCAUAGGUUCAGGUUUUUGUACUGUGAUAUGUACUAAGGCAUAGGUGGAAAAGACAAAGCACAGUUUUGUAGGUUCAAGCUGGAAGACAAGUGUCGAUCUGUGUUGCAUUUCAGUCCCUGAAAGUCGUGUUAAAAAAGCCAUUGGAGACACUUGCUAAGUGAUCAACACCACUUAGUGCUCUUACUUUCUUUAAAUGGUUUACUGUCAAUGCCAGCAGACUUUACAGCUCAAGUUUUUCCCCUUCAUUGAUUUUCUGUAAAAGACAAAAAACUCUGAGGACUGUUGAAAUCCCUCCAUCAAAAGGAAUCCAGUUUGUUUGAAGCAGACAAGCCUUUGUGUACCGGGCUUUCUUUUCCUAAAUGAGCAUUCCCACUGAAUAACAGCCCCUCACCUUCCUCGUGAGUAAGUCUGUUCUCAAGUUUCUUACCGAGAGAAGUGUGACGUGUAAAUUCACUUCAUACAUUACUCUGAUACGUUUCAUUUUUCAAAAUUAAAUAUAUAUAAGAAUAUAUAUUUUUUGUUAGUCUAUACAUUGUAGAUUUUUUACAUAAAUGGCAAUAUUAGUUUGAAGUUUAGAGUGUAUUGUAGAUGAGCUGAAUAAGGGGAUAUUUGACAUAAAAAUUAAAUUGUUCAAAAAUUAACUCAAAAUUGAAACAGAAUUGCAGAGGACUUGCAGCACCAGAUGAAAAAAGAAAAUGUUGAAAGUGUUUGGUGUAUCCUUUAUUCCAGUUUAAGUUGUAAUGCUUAUCAGCUACCCAGAUGAACUUUUUUCUUUCCAUUUGGGGGUAUGUGGACGGUGUCUGUGCCAUGGUCCUGUUGAGGUAUUCUUGCUUAAGCAGUGUGGCACAGAAGAAAAAUGUGGGAAGGGAUUUUUUGUCUCUAACAGUAAUUAUGCAACUGGUUUUUGAAUGUAGCUACCAUACAAAUGUGGAUCCCCUUCAUUUUUUUCCUGUUUUUUUUUUCUUCAGUACAGUAUAAUAGUUUUCAUUUCACCUUUUUCUAAUGUCUGCCCACAACUAAGUGGCUCUCAGUGUGCAGCUCACUUUGUAGUCGCCUGCACAUUUAUUUCAGAGGCAGACGUCGGUAUUUGGGUGUAAGGUAAUGGAUAAUAUGGAGAACAAAACAGUGUUAUCGUGAUGUUAUUCCCAUGUCAUGUCAUGUUGUGAAUGGUUUUUCCCAACAUGUAAUCACAAAUGGGAGGGAGAGCAUUUUGUGUUAAAUUUCUACAAAGAAAAAAGAGAUGAAGAAAAAGACCUAUACAAAUCAAUAGUGUGGCCUUUUCAUUCUCAAGACUUAACAUGAUGGGAGAGUGAUACCUUAUCAGUGCCUGAACUUGUAUUUUUCAUUUAAGACAGUUUUAUUUUGUGAACCAUAUCAUUUCAUUUAUCAUGGAGAUUAAAGAGGUACUUGUUCAUUCCCCCACCCUUCCUUCUCCUAAUGCUUUUUUCAAUUUUCAGGAAGAAGUUAAAAUGGUAUAAAGAGAUUUUCUUUCAGUGUAUCUAGUUAAAUAAAUAAAUGUUAUGUAGAUCUUGUUUAGUUUUUAUUCGUUUUUUUUCUUUCUAAUUAUUCAACUGGAUUAUAUUGUCCAAACUGCUGUUUUAGUUAAGGUCAUGGGUCCAGAUCACGAGUUUUCUUUCUAUCUGCCCUAUAUUGCAAAAUCGGAUGACAUUAAGGGGUUCAAGAGAUACUGCUUGUGGCUCUGAUUGUCUGCUUUUGAUGCACAUUAACAUGUUUCAGUGUAUGUAUCAAUUUCAAUGUAGGGAGUUUUAUUUUAUGUCUUAGCUGGAGCCUCUAAAGACUUGGAGCAUUUGACAUUUCUGUUCACCAGAGUGCAAGCCCUUUGUUGCAGUGACUUACAGUAUAUAUAGUCUCCAGUGAAACUUUUCACCUCUGACCUUGCCUCUUCCAGCUCUUUGAUAGCGUCAACAGUAACUAUUAGUAAGAUGUUCUGAUCAGUUCUUUCAGAGUUGAAUUUGAAGUUUUACUUUUAUUAUUACAAGACCAUUUAGUUUACUGAAUAUUGCAGAUUUGUUCCAAGGGAAAAAAAUAACUCUAUGUCAUUCAGUAUGUAUGAAGAUCCCAUUAGCUUAAAAGCUACAUACUCAACUACAUUUUUGGGGAACCCUAUUUCUUAACAAAAGUCCCAAUAUUGACAUUUUAAAAUUUGCGGAUAGAAAAUUGAAUUCUGCAAGAGCACAUAAUGUUAACAGUUGAAGGGUUUGAAGUUGUUUUGGGAAAAGAAAGCAGUAAAAAACAAAAAAAAAAGACAUGCUUUCAACAACUGUUAUCUUUGUUGAAUUGAAAGGGGAGCGAAUUUUGAGUGUUAAACACAUUCACAGGUAAAGAGCCUGACAUCUUGGUGUGAGGACUCUGUUGACCCCCUGCAGGGUCUUCAGUGCCUCACUCAAUCUCAUCAUCUUCUUUUUUUAUAUAUAUAAAUAUAUAUAGUUGAGAACUGUCCUGUAUAUAACAGUAAUGUAGCAAUAAAUGUGCCAUUUUUAAUAACAGAUUAUACCUUUUCCAAUGUCUGGCUUUUGAAAUUGUAUACAUAAAAGGAAAAAUAAAGGAAAACAUUGUAAUAAAGGG